AUGGCGUGUUCCAUGGCCAUGACGCAAGCAGCCAAAUGCGGCCUCUCUCUCGCCGCCGCACCCACAGCUAGAGCCGGGUCCCCCACAAUCACCGCCUCUGGAGUUCCGCUCACCGCGCUUCCACGUGGAAGUCCGUCAGCUGUCCGUUCCGUCGCAGCUGUAUCGGUCAGCUCCCGUUUCAAGGAUUCCUGGUGUGGGAAGGCGCAUCUGGGAUGCAGCGACAUGCGCGUCGCUAUUCAAGCUAGCAGAAGCGUCGCGAGCAGGAGCACUCGGACGGCGGGCAAGGGUCUGCUGGUGCAGGCGUCUUUCAUGGGCGUGGGCGCGCCCGAGGCACUCGUGAUCGGCGUCGUCGCGCUGCUCGUGUUUGGACCCAAGGGGCUGGCCGAGAUGGCUCGCGGCGUGGGCAAAACGCUUAAGACGUUUCAGCCGACGAUCAGGGAGCUCCAAGAGGUUCCUCUCUAUCCGCCUGUUCCUUUCCUCCCUGGCCUCUCCUCCCCUCCCGCGCCGCAUCACCCCAUCGCCCAUCCCUCACCACCACGUGCAGAGUUCUCAGCUGAUGACGUGGCGAAGGUGACGGAGCAACAGCUGGCGGCCGCCGCCUCGCUCAACACAGUCACGGACGACAUGAAGAAAGGUGAGGGCCCGUGGGGUUGUGAUGCGGCUUCGAGAAGUAUGAAGACGGAUGAGGGGCGUGUGAUGGAUUGUGAGGCAGCUUUUUGA